AUGCGGGCGUUUUUCUUUCGCGAUCACAGCUCGCUUAGUGCUCCAAGCCUCGUCAUCUCGACGCCGCUUCCGCUGUCGCGGCGCUGCGAGCUGCGGCUGCCGGCCAUGUGCGACGCUGGCGAGGACGCCCCGGCGGCGGAGGAGGAGCCGCCCGCUGCGUCGGUGCUGGACGACCUCUCGGGCGUGCCGGCCGAGGUUCUGGAGACGGUCAAGGGGCUCACUCUGCUCGAGGCGGCGGCCUUGAUCAAGGAGGUGGACGCCACGUUCAAGGUGGGAGACUACAAGGAGGAGGACGAGGAGGCGGCGGAGCCCGUGGCGGCCGAAUAG